AUGGCUACCACCGCAGGAUCUCGCAAUAAUGCCAAUGGUGUUCUUUCUGUUACAACUACCCAGACAUCGGGGAAUGCCUCCAAACAAACUGCUAGCAAGCCAGCAAGUUCCAAAAUGAAACUUAUUGUCCGUAGACUGGCUCCUGGAUUGACGGAGACAGAAUUCUGCACAUUACUUGGUGACGAAUGGAAGGUAGGACAGGGAAAGGUUGAUUGGUUUCAAUACAACCCAGGAAAAGAUUCUAAAGACCCUUCAAAACCAUCCCGUCCUUCUCGAGCAUAUCUUCACUUGACUAAUAGUGACCAUCUUUUGCCAUUCUCCGACGUCGUGCGAAAAUCCAGUUUUGAAGAUGCAAAAAAUACAUACACAAAUUCUUGUCUUAUUGGACCACCCACUGUCGAAUUUGCGCCAUACAGCAGAGUCCCCGCAGGUCUUAAACGUCGUACAGAUGCCCGGGCUGGAACAAUUGAUCAAGACCCAGAAUUCAUGGCAUUUUUGGAAGGUUUGGCUAAUCCAGUUACUACAAAAGAAGUUGGCGCAGAGGGCGAAGAUCCCCCGACAGGAAAGGCCGAGAAGGUCACAGUAACUCCCUUGGUUCAAUUUUUGAAAGACAAGAAGGCCAAUAAGACGAAGGAAUCAGCAGCCAAAGCGGCGAAGAAACAGGAAACUUCAAAGUCCAAGACGAGUGAAGGAUCGAGUUCUACAGGUGAUGGCAAGAAGUCCAAUAAGGAUUCCAAAACCGACAAAGUUGCGGCCACACAGGAAGCUGUCAAGAUUCUAAACAGGGAAGCUGGCAAGAGACCAGCAGCUGCAUCAAGCUCAUCGGCAGCCUCUGCAUCUUCUCAAAGUAGUACUGAAAAGAAUGUACCGAAGCUUGAUACUUCUAAAAUUCCAGCAAAUGAAAGGCAAGCUGUCGUCGCUGCUCAUGUUCGGAUGCUUCGACGUGAUCUCGGACUCAAUCCCUCUCAGGCGCAUCGUCGUAUCAAACGCGAUACAGCUAGUGCAGUGAAGGCAGAGUCUACUGAAAAGCCCACCGCAACUUCUAACAACAGCGCAUCUUCACCAGCUACUCCUACAACACCCACAGGUCCGAAAGUUCCUCCUGCUCAGCCUAGCGCUCAAUCAGGUAGCCGGAGAUCUAGAAGAGGCAAUCAAAAUCAUAACACCGAAUCAUCCACAAGUAAGCCAUCGACUACUACUACUUCCGCCCCAACCACACCUAUGGUUCUGCUUAGAAAGCCCGAUAAUCAAAGACCCCAACAACGACCAAGUACCGCUACUUCUCAGCCUUCAUCUGCUCCCCAAGUUCAACCAAAACCAACUCAAAAAGUCGCUCCAGCUGCUUCAGCUACGGUACCACCUCAACAAGCUACUUCAAAUCGAGGGUCAAAAGCUCAGGUGGACGUUUCAUCCAAAAUUUCCCGACAAGCUUUCAUCAAACAUGCCAAUCCGUCUCAAGGUGUGACCGAACCAUUGCUAAAAGAAGCAUUAGAGAAGUUUGGCAAAGUCUCUAUGGUUGAGAUAGACAAAAAGAAAGGCUUUGCAUACGCCGAUUUUGAAGAUGCAGAAGGUUUGAAGAAGGCAAUGGCUGCAAAUCCAGUUUCCGUGGCUCAAGGCACCGUCCACGUUAUGCCACGAAAGGGGAAUACUGGCAACCCAGUACCACGUGCUGCUCCGGCCCCAAGAGCACCUGCUCCAUCGCCUGCUAAUCCCGCUUCGCGUGGUGGUAGAGGUGGAACCAUGGGAAGAAGGGGUGGUAGAAACGGAGGUGGAAGAGUUCGCGUGGAUAUUCCAGGCGCGGACUCUUCAAAAUCUUCUUCGGCUGCGGAUUCUUCGAAAUCAACUCCAGUCACGCCUGCAGGAUCAGCUCCUAAGUGA